AUUGCUGUAACGGCUUAUACUGUAUAUCAAUUUACACAUUGAGUCUACGGUCUUGGUCUCAUAUAAAACCUAUUUUUGAUUCGAUACUUUUAGGUUCAUAAUAUUAUUUUGCUGGACUCUUCAUUUUAAAGUAAAAAUGAGUGUCGUACGAGCGAUUUUAUAAUUACUAUGUAUGAUGAGUAAUCAUUUUACGCGAGGCUGUCAAUAUACAGAAAGGAGGGCCCAGCCGGAAGUAAAUACCAGUCACAUCAACGUUUAGCUUGUUUAUAACCAGCUACAAUUACUGCUCUUGUCAAGGAUGGUGUGUCCCUCUCGUCCCGACGCUGUAAUCGUGCAAACGAUCAUAUCAUCCUAACCCUGCAAAAAUGGCGAAGAAGUUGAUCGCGAUAUUGGCUGUCUUUCUAGGCCUCGUCUCUGGAACUGUUAAAGGACAAGGAAUCGGAAAUGGAAACAAAACAGAGGUCACACAUCACGUGACGUCUAAGAAUUUUCCUCAGCCUUAUCCCCCAAACACCCAUCAGCAGUGGAACUACAGCAUGGACCAUGGUCAGUGGACGAUCAUUUUCAGGACAGUGGACAUUGAGCAGUCACGUAGCUGUCAAAAAGAUUAUCUGUAUAUUUACGACGGGGCGAAUUCAAAACACCCAGAGAAAAGAUUAUGUGAUAAACUUGAGAACAUGGCCGACUUCCGAAGUACUCGUUCUUCCAUUCGGAUCGUUUUUCAUUCUGACGGAGCUGGCCAAGCCCAAGGAUUCGACAUGCAAGUUGUUCACAUUCCAAAUGAAGAUUACUACAAACAACUUUUGUUGAAAAGACAAAGCCAAGCCGCCAAGGUAACCGUCAUUCAAGUGGAAUCAAGAAAUUCCUCAUUCCUCUAUGUUCCAUUAACCGUUGCAUUGGUGAUCUUGUUCUUAAUUCUUCUCACCUUGGCCGUGUUUCUCGUCAUUGGCCUCAGGAGGAAAAAGAAUCAUGCAAAUGACACAAUUCUGGCUAUCAAACCACAUCGACCUUCCGCGACCUCAAACAUUACUUCCGGUCGACGAUACACUCGCCAACUUAGUAUGGACAGUGACAACCUGUCCCAUCUCCUGCCGUCAAACAAACCGGAAGUUCACUCGCCAACACAGCCAGGCUCUCCAGGAUACAAUAGUUACAUCUGACCUCUGUAUUAGAACUGCGAAUGUGACUAAAUGAAGAUAUCUACACAAAAAAAAAACAAAAAAAAACGGUUUAAAUGUCAGCAGUAAAAUGAUAGUGGUAAAAUCAUAGCAUCGUAUUGAAAUGACUUCACUUACCAAUUCAUUGGAAUGCUAUGAAGGUAGAAUUUCUGCACAGAGGUGUGUUAAAACACAUCCGUAUUUGACCAUUAUUAAAUCGAUUUUUAAAAUUGUAUGAAUCCCUAACAUAUAACAUGUAGCUUCAAACUAUGUAUAACUCGGAAAUAAGCAAUUUAUUCCUUGCAGGGAAAAUCAUCUAAUAAAAUAGGGUUUAAAAUAAACCAAACAGCCAAGUCGUAGUCCUGGUUUGUACGAUGGAAACUGAACCAGUGUGAUCCUGGUCAAUUAUGUUUUUUAUUGACAUCUUUUGUGAAAGUGAUGAUUUUACUUUUGAUUUCUUAAUCAGCCGACCCUUAAAAUAAGUCAAUAGAGAAAUAAGCAAAGAAAUCCCGAUUAAAUAAAACAUAAACUUUGGCUUAUUUUACCAGGUUCUUAUAUGAUAUUUGCGUGAUUUUGGCCAAAAAGUCCGUAAAACAAGACAAUACAAACAAUACAAUACGUAGUUUUUAAUAACAAUGUUUAUAAUUUUAUUCAAGUACGUGUACCUUUGGGUUUUUAUGUGUGUUUGGAGUUUCUCUGCCCUUACACAACUGCUGCGUAAAAAUACAUCAAUAAACGCUUACAUUUAUAACUUGACCUCUGUACAUUUAUACUAUUUCAUUUUUUCACUAUUUCAAUUUAUUAACUCUUGUCAUAUAUUCUAAUGUAGUUUUUCAAAUGCGUUCUCAUACUUUAAUAUCUAUUAUAAUACGUCAUCAAUGCUUGUGUACUCUCCAAAUGUGUCGCCAAUACUUACUUCACGGUCAAAUUCGUCAUCAAUUUCUAUGUACCUUUAUUAACACUUAAUUUCAGUCUACCUUCUCAAGUUAGUAUGCGAAGCGUUUGAAAUGCAGGCACAUGCAAAAGCUAAGUACAUUUAUCCUUAAUUUUUGAUGUUUCAUGCAUUCAAAGUAACGUCAUGAUGGGACAUAUUGUAACAUUAUGUAUACAAAUUGUAUUUUUGUAUUAUUAAGAUAAAAGAAUUUUACCAUAUUGGACUAUUUUUACCUUGCUAGAUUAGACUUAUAUCUGAUCAAUUUUAAGAUGUAAUUCAAUACUAAACACAUCUGCGAUCUUUUCCAAAAGAUAUUUAUUAGAACCUUGGUAUAGACCAAUGUCACCUACCAAAAUCGGACGAGUGAAUUUCCGGAAAAAAGGAUGUUUUUUAAUGUUUUAUUGAGAUAGAUCGUUGCUGAGAUAUAGUAUGAAAUAUCCAAAAACAUCAUGUAGAUUUUAAAUGCAUUUUUGAAGAAUAAAAGAAAUCAUUGUGAA